AAAGACAAAAAAAAAAGAAAAGAAAAAAGUAUAUAAUAUAUAAGUAACAAUUAUAGAAGGAAGAAAAAAUGGGGUAAAGAGAUAAAAUCACGGCCAAAUUCAAAAAUGGGAUUGAUGAUGAUGAUAAGCAUAUUAUUAUUAUUCAAGCCGUGAUUCUCCGAUGGAGCCUCGUGUUGGUAAUAAGUUCCGGCUUGGUCGGAAAAUCGGUAGCGGUUCUUUUGGGGAGAUCUACCUCGGUGCUAAUGUUCAAACUAAUGAAGAGGUUGCAAUUAAGCUGGAAAAUGUGAAAACAAAGCAUCCUCAACUAUUGUAUGAAGCAAAGCUGUAUAAAAUACUACAAGGAGGAACUGGAGUUCCCAAUUUAAAAUGGUUUGGAGUUGAAGGAGAUUACAAUGUCCUUGUGAUGGAUUUACUGGGACCUAGUCUUGAAGAUCUCUUCAACUUCUGCAGUAGGAAGAUGUCCUUAAAGACUGUUCUCAUGCUUGCAGAUCAGAUGAUCAAUCGGGUUGAGUUUGUUCAUGCCAAAUCUUUUCUUCAUCGAGAUAUAAAACCUGACAACUUUCUUAUGGGAUUAGGAAGACGUGCAAAUCAGGUCUAUGUUAUUGAUUUUGGGCUGGCAAAGAAGUACAGAGACUCAUCAACGCAUCAGCAUAUUCCGUAUAGAGAGAACAAAAAUUUGACAGGAACUGCUAGGUAUGCAAGCAUGAACACUCACCUCGGCAUCGAACAAAGUCGAAGGGAUGAUUUGGAAUCAUUGGGUUUUGUUCUAAUGUACUUUUUAAGAGGAAGUCUCCCUUGGCAGGGGCUGAAAGCAGGCAAUAAGAAACAGAAGUAUGAGAAGAUCAGUGAGAAGAAAGUUUCAACAUCAAUAGAGACCUUGUGUCGGGGAUAUCCUCCAGAGUUUGCAUCAUAUUUUCAUUACUGCCGAUCACUGAGAUUUGAUGACAAACCAGAUUACGCUUAUCUCAAGAGAAUUUUCCGUGACCUUUUCAUUCGUGAAGGGUUUCAGUUUGAUUAUGUAUUUGACUGGACCAUAUUGAAAUAUCAGCAAUCACAGCUUGCCAAUAUUCCAUCUCGUCCUCUUGGUGGUACUGCUGGACCAAGUUCAGGGAUGCCUCAUGGUCUUGCUAAUGUUGAAAAGAAAUCAGGUGGUGAAGAAGGUCGACCAACUGGUUGGUCUUCAUCAAAUCUUACACGUAAUAGGAGCACAGGGCUCAAUUUCAAUUCUGGAAGCUUAUUGAAGCAAAAAGGCACAGCUGCUAAUGAUUUAUCCAUGGGUAAAGAGACAAGUGGAUCAGCAAGGCAUCCUAUUGUCUCUAGCAGUCGAGACCCAGUGGCUGCUGGGGUGGAACCUGGCCACUCCCGCACUCGGACAAUAGAUGCAAGUGCAGGAUCAGUGCAUAAAAUAUCCAGUGCUGCACAAAGGAGUUCACCAGUUGUGUCCUCAGAUCACAAGCGCAACUCCUCCUUUUCCAGAAACACGAACAUGAAGAAUUUAGAGUCUGCCGUCAGAGGAAUAGAGGGUUUAAGCUUUCGGUGAUAGAGGGACUGCAUUAAUAUCUCUGCUUUGUCACAAGUCCCCCUUUACUGUACACUCCGGCACAGCAAAACACAUCUACUUGGCGGACCAUAACUUCUGAUAUUAGUUGCUCUGCCAAGAACCAAUACGAGGGAGUUGCAGAGCCAAACUUACAGAUUCUAGUUUAUGUUUGUUCAUACAGUUAUAGGUACUUUCCAUAUUCUUUUUCAUCUUUAUUUCUCCUGUUCUUGUUCUCUGUUAUUCUUGUUGAUGUGAUGUUGUAUGAAGAGUCGCCCAUGUAUAAUCGCCGAUAGAUGAUAUGUUUUACGAGAUGUUGAUGCUUGCA